CCACAUCCAACUCAUUCUCUCUCUCUCUAUAUAUCUUCCGCUCUUGACGAAAGAAAGAAAGGAGGAAGAGAGACUUCAAACACUCUCUCCCUUUCAAUAUCUCCGCCUCAUCAAAACCCUAGCUCUCCACCGCAACUCUCACCCUUCCUCCCCCGGGCGGCGCAGAAACAGAAAGGAAGCUGCUUUUUUGUUGUUGUUGGUGGUAUGGCGGAUAAGGAAAUGCAAUUGCAAGAUGUGCCUUGUGAGGAGGCUGAUGAUGUCCUCAAGGCUGAACCUGAACCCCUUGACCCGCCACCAAGUGAGCUCCUUGAUGUUGAUGGUCAUGGGAAGGUUGAUGAUGUCCUCAAGGGUGAACCUUCUGAGCCAGACAAGGAUCAAAACAUGAGUGAGCCUCUUCCUCUCGAGGAUAACGAUGGCCAUGGGAACACUGGUGAGCUUCUUUACUCUCGUAAGAAGAGUAAAGUGAGUUUUUUGAGUCCCCAGCCUAGUGAUGAUGGUAAUCCCAAAAAGCGCAAGACUUGGUUGCUCACUGAUUCCCAGGGAGAUGAUGAAGCAGGGACGCCAGAAGAACAACAGGCGUUUCUAAGAGAAUUGGAUACUUUUCACAGAGAGAAUUACCUCGACUACAAGCCUCUUAAGUUUUAUCAGAAGCCUUUGAACACUCUCAAGCUAUGGCGAGCAGUCACUAAACUAGGUGGUCAUGAAGUGGUCACCACAUUGAAGUUGUGGCGGCAAGUUGGAGAAUCCUUCGAUCCUCCAAAGACAUGCACAACAAUCUCCUACACAUUCCGCAAUUUCUAUGAGAAGGCACUUUUGGAGUACGAGAAGUACAAGAGGAAAAGUGGUGAACUUAACCUGCCUGGUCCAACAGUCAAUCUGUCUCCAAGCCUCGAGAAAGAGGUCAUGAGCCAAGGUUCGGGAUCAGGCAGGGCACGGAGAGAUUCUGCAGCUCGUGCUAUGCAAGGUUGGCAGGCACAUCGCCUUGAUGAUUCUGGAGAGGUGACUGAGCAUAUUGAUAUGGGCUUAAACUCAACCCCAAAGCACAAGAAGCUCAAGAACAUUGGUAAAUUAUUUCGCAAGGCGUUGCUAUUCUUGGUCAACUUCGGUUCCUUAAUAUUGUGUAAACGGUCGGUUGCUGACGUUAUUGAUGAUGGACCUCUUGCUGACUGGGUGAAGAUAACUGUCAAAGAAACUAAGGAAUCCUUUGAGGUUUUUGCAUUGGUACCUGGACUUCUUCGCAAUGAGAUUCGAAUUCAAUCAGAUCCUGCAGGAAGGCUGAUUAUAACAGGCGAGCCUGAGCAGCUUGACAAUCCUUGGGGCAUUACACCAUUCAAAAAGAUUGUUGUCUUACCAGCUAGAAUCGAUCCGCAUCAUACAAAUGCAAUCAUGAGCAUGCAUGGUCGGUUGUUCAUACGAGCUCAAUAUGAAAAGUUGACUGAUCCUAAGGGUUGUUGA